UAUUCAUCCUCACAUCACCCCUUCAUCACCUCCGCAAUGUCGAUCUGGGAUUCGCUGACCGGGCGCAAGUCCUCGUCGAAGUCGUCUUCGGGUGAAACUACGACCAGCACUCCCGAGCCCUCGACCUCUUUCCAGCCGGCUCCUUUCAACCCAUCCGAAGGGGCGGAUGUCAGUUCUUUCCUCGGCGGAGCCGCCUUCCCAGAUCCAUCUCAACUUCAUCCUCUCGCUGGAUUGAACCAGCAAACGCUAGAUUACAUAUCUCUUGAGGACUCUCAACUCUCCGACCUCCCUGGCUCACAGUCAGCCUUGCCUUCCCGAGGCUGGUCCGACGAUCUCUGCUACGGGACAGGAGUCACAUAUCUUUCGGCAUUAACGCUUGGUGGUGCAUGGGGUAUGCAAGAAGGCCUACGAAGGUCAUCUGGCCAGCCACCAAAACUCAGACUCAACUCGGUGUUGAACGCCGUUACAAGGAGAGGCCCGUUCUUGGGAAACUCCGCUGGUGUGAUCGCGCUGGUAUAUAACGGAAUCAACUCCUUCAUUGGCCACCAAAGGGGGAAGCACGAUGCGGCCAACAGUAUUGCUGCGGGCGCAUUGAGUGGUAUGAUCUUCAAGUCGACUAGGGGGCUGAGGCCGAUGAUGAUUUCUGGGGGUGUUGUUGCUUCUGUGGCGGGCGGAUGGGCUGUCGCACGAAAGGCGCUUUUUUAAUACGACUGAACAAUGGAUCUUUUUGCAAUCAUCGCAACAUAUCCCCGCAAACGAACACUCACUCACCUAUCCGCUCUCUCAAAGAGAUGCCACUACUUGUACCAGCACGGCGCUGUUUCUCACUUGUUUGAACACUUUAGAUUACUCAUAAAUGGGCGGGGAUGUAUGAAUGUUGGAUGAUCACCGCUCUACCGGCAGAAGACGGAUGUAAAUAUAGAAAUUGUUGGCGCUAUGGGGUGGGUGGUGCAGCGUCACCUGAAUUGUACGAUUGGCAAAAUUAAAUAAUAUUCAAACCGCG